AAGAUGGAGUCUGCGUCAGUCGACGGAUGACAUCGUAGGUUGGUGGCGUAGUGGAAGAUCUGUCUGUGACGGUAAACUUUAUUACCCUCCAUCUGUUGAUGUUAAUUGUUGAGGGAUGUCUAGCAUUAUACGUCAGAACUUCCAUGAGGAUUGUGAAGCAGCACUGAACAACCACAUCAAUCUACAGCUUCAUAUAAGCUAUGUAUUUACGAACUUGAAUCACCAUUUUGCCCGUGAUGAUGUUGCGCUUCCAGGUUUUUCAAAAUACUUUGAGAAGGCCAGCACGGUAGCAAACGAUCAUGCCGAAACUCUUAUGAAGUAUCAAAACAAAAGAGGGGGCCGUCUUGAGCUGCAGAAUAUAUCUGCCCAGAUUUUCAAGGUACAGAAUGAUGCUCUUCCCAAUGUAGUUAAUGCACUGGAUAUGCAAAAGAAAGUUAAUAAGCAUUUACUGGAAGUUCGUCAGAAGGCUUCAGACAAAGGGGACUCUCAUAUGUGUCACAUCAUUGAUGACCAUAUCCUGGUGAAACAUGUGGAUACAAUUAAAGAACUCGGACACAUGAUAACAAAGCUGAAACGUGUUGGGUCUGGCUUUGGUCUGUAUAUUUUUGAUAAGGAAUUGAAUUGAGCAGUAGGACUUUAUGUAAAAUUUUGUGACGUUGCCCCCCAUUUAUUUUAUUCGGUAUUUAAAAAUCUUAUUUUGAAUUAUAUAUUGCAAAAUAUGAAAUUUUAACUACUGUAAAUUCUGAAUUGGUGUAACAUUGAUGAUUGCCUAAUCAAUUUUUAGAAUGUAAAAAUUACAUGUACAAUAUUAAUUUUGCUUGUAAUAAGUAACUUGUGCCUAGAAGCACCAUUACUUGUCAUACAGAGAGUAAAUUUAGUAUGUUGGUUGUGAAGCACAUGGCAACUAGAAUGAAUAGUAAUGCUGAUCAGUGUGAUGGUAACUGUAACAGAGCUGAGCUUGUCUUGGUAUUUUGCAGUGCAGUAUAGAGUACAAUGAGUUAAACAUUUUGCAGUGCAGUAUAGAGUACAAUGAGUUAAAGUUUUUAUAAUCUUGAAAUGUUUGUUCUUUUGAAGUUUCUGUAAGCUGCCCUAAUAGACUUCAAAAUGGGCAAAACAGUAGUGUGGGGUCAAAUAAUUUUCACUGGCACUGCACCCAACAGAAAGUUAUACAUAAAACUAUUUGCUAUGCCACAUAAUGUCUUAAAACUUACCCACUUUGCUUCACAUUAGUAUUAAGUUUGACUAUUUGAAGUAAUGAUUAAAUUAAGAUAUGUGAACAUUCCAUUCAUACUGAUCUUGUCUUAAAAUAAAGGUUUAGUGUAAA